CUAAUGAAAUUUAACGGCCUUAAUUAUUUUCCGAAAAUCUUUAGGGUUAAUACUUUCCUUCGACACAGAAAAAAAUCGACAAAAGAAGAUGGGGUCGAGAGACAAGGACCAGACGACGUCGCAUCACCAACCUUUACUAAGCAGUCUCGUCGUACGUCCUUCCGUCAGCGACGGUCCUGACGGUGUCCGCGGUGGUGGUGGAGCCGGAAGCGACUACGAGCCUGGAGAGGUCCGCCGUGAGCCUCCCCCUUAUUCUCGCUCCGAUCGCUAUUCCGACGAUCCAGGAUAUAGAAUUCAUGCAGGUUCUGCCUCUCCUCCACGUCGUAGGGACACUGAUCACCGUUACCAUUCUGAUUUUGAUCAUUCUGGGGGUCCACCUCGAGGCCGUGAAUUUGGUAGCUGGAGGGAUCCUGGUAGAUUUCGGGACUCUUCACCCCCUUAUGCUCGAGGAAGGAUUGGUGGCAGACCACCAGGUAGAGGUUUUGAUGGUCCUGGAUUUGGUCCUGGGACUUUAAGAGGGGAGGGCAUGAGUAGAAAUAAUCCCAAUGUACGCCCAAGGGAAGGAGAUUGGAUUUGCUCUGAUAUCGUAUGUAACAACCUAAAUUUUGCAAGGAGAGAGUUCUGUAACAACUGUAAGAAGCCUCGCUAUGGACCUGGUGGAAGUCCACGAAGGGGUCAUCCGGCUCCUACACCUCUGCAUGCUUCUAGACGCUUCCCUGGUCCUCCAUUGGAUCUUUCCCCUGGCAGGAGCAUGAAUGGUUAUAGGUCUCCUCCUCGUGGUUGGGCGAGGGAUGGCCCCAGGGAUUUUGGGCCUGGUGGUCCUCCACCCCCAAGGCAUGGAGGCAGAUUUUCUGAUAAUGACAUGAGGAGAGGUCGGGCUGAUUUUCCAGACGAUGAGUACAGGGGGAGGAACAAAUUUGACAGGCCUAUGCCGAUGGAUUGGGGUCAUAGAGACCGUGCCAGAGAUGCAUUUAAUGAUAGAAAAGGGUUUGAGAGGCGGUUACCCUCUCCACCUGGACCACAACCGCUAACAGUUGCUCCUCAACGGGGACGAUGGGUCCGUGAUGCUAGAGAGAGGAGUAGAUCUCCUAUAAGGGGUGCCCCACCACCUAAAGAAUAUCGUCGGGACAUGUACAUGGAACGAGGGCGAGAUGAUCGGCGUGGUAUGGGACGAGACAGAAUGGGAGAUGUGUAUUAAAUGCUUAGUGUUGGACUUCGGAUGUCCGGACUCCCCAAUACAGUGUGUGUUGUGUAUGUUGAGAAAGGAUAGUUCGGCAUAGCUUUUAUGUACUGUUUCCUGUACUUAUUUAGGACGGAAUUUUUAUUAAUUUGGUUUUUCGUUCCUUUUCGUGAUGUACGAGUAAUGUUAGAUUUAGAAGAGUAAAAGAUUUUUUA